AGCAUCCUGUUUAUGAUACUUACCAAGUCCGACCAACAAUCGCCAAGGAGCUCGUGGGAACCAUCUCGAAUUGCGCUUCCGUUGAUGCUGACACCUUUCCGCCUACUCGAUCGUCGUAUUUUUGACCAAGACCUCCUUCUUCAGUACCUCACCUCUCCGAAGUUUACACUCCUAGCUCCUGAAGGAUGUUGAAGUUGGGAAAAAGGACCCCUCAUCUAAUUAAGUUGAAGCAAGCCGUGGUGCCACUUCAUGGAAAUUUCAGUAAUACAUCAUCAUUCGUUCAUCGUUCAUGUUUGAAAUUCGUCCGAACUAGUGCCCCCAUGUGUCUUCAAAACUUUCCAAAUUCCGGCUCGACUUCUCUUCAACAAGUACGGAUGUACCGGUUGAACCAGGAUCAUGAGCCCACGACUUCUGGCCUUUCCUCACUUCCCAGCCCACGCGACAUACACCGCGAGUUGGACAACUAUGUGAUUGCGCAAUCGGAUGCAAAGAAGAUCUUGUCGGUGGCGGUUUUCAACCAUUACAUCAGGGUCAAUGCACUCCUGGAGGUCGAAGAGAAGAGGAAGCGACAAGUCAAGCUGGAGGCUGAUUCUAAAUUAGCGGCAAAUGAAACGAGUCAGACUAGAGUAAACUUGACCAAUACCGACGUCGAACAGCCCCAUUCUUCCGAAUCAUCUCAAAAUAUCAAUCGUAUCCCGCCAACUGCGCUCCGACCUCAUCCGCCUAAUGGGUUGGCUCACAAUCUGAUCAUGUCAAAGGCGGUCGAAGCUAGCUUAAGAUUGGAGCGGGAGGAACUGGAGAAUAGGAUACGUCAGAUGACUUCUCGUCAGAUGAAAAAGAAGCAUCCGUCUGCGAACCAGAAAGAUCAGGGGGCGCCCGAUGACAAUGAAGUGCUGCCUUUCACCCCUUCUUACUCAAGCACACUGUAUCAAAGGAAUGCUACUUCACCCCCCAAUGCACAGGGGAGAGAAUGGGAAAAUUCGCCGAUUGGUAUCCCAAACAAUGAUCAAGUUAUCUUACAGCAACUACAGGAUCUCAAUAAGCCCAAGAUAGGACAGCUCGCGGAUGAGAAGAAAUCCGGCCGUCUGCAAUCAGCAGAUCCAACCGAUUUUCCAACCCAAUCUGAGAGUCGGAAGACUUCAAUCCACCGAAUGAAUUCAACCCAAAGCACUCCAAACGAAUCGACCAGUUUCAAUGAAUCUGGAUCGGAAACUAUCAAGUCACAGGAGGUAUUGGAUGCCGUCUUAAAUAAAUCGAACAUCUUAUUAUUAGGACCAACGGGAAGUGGGAAAUCGCUUCUAGCAAGGACAUUAGCCCGACAGUUGAAUGUUCCAUACAGUGAAUCAUGUGCAACCACGUUCACGCAAGCCGGAUAUGUGGGAGAAGAUGUAGAGUCUGCGGUUGUUCGACUGUAUCAAGAAGCCAACAAUGAUGCGACCAAGGCAUCCAGAGGAAUCAUCUUUAUUGACGAGGUCGAUAAGAUUGCCCGAAAGUCUGGCGAUGGUUAUGUCAAGGACGUCUCCGGAGAGGGCGUCCAACAGGCUAUGCUGAGAAUGCUCGAAGGAACUAUGGUCACUGUUGCUGAUAAAGGCAGCGCAGCUGAUACUAGCUCCGCCAGUGGGCGUCAUCAGGACCCUGCCUCAAGCAGUGGAAAGAGUACCCAACCGAUUCAAGUCGACACUUCCAACAUCCUUUUUAUUCUUGCUGGUGCGUUUGUAGGUUUAGAGAAGAUCAUCAACAAGCGAAUUUCGAAGACCUCGAUCGGCUUCAGUGCCUCUCUGAUAAACCAACCCGGAUCCGACGACGGCUGCGACUUACCUCCGGUCGGAUUACGCUCAGAAGGUGAGGGCAGUGGUAAUACAGCCCAUGGGAGAUUGCCGGACGCACUGGAACAGGUCGAGCCGGCGGAUCUCAACGCGUUCGGCUUGAUCCCCGAAUUCAUCGGGAGGAUCCCGGUGCUUGCCAGUCUCAAAGCCUUGACCGAAAAUGACCUCUUACGCGUGCUCACCGAGCCUAAGAACUGUCUCUUGAAACAAUACGAACAGCUGUUCAAGAUCAACGGCGUCGCUAUCAAAUUCACCCUUCCUGCUCAACGCGCAAUCGCUCGUUUGGCGAACGAGAAGAAGACGGGCGCGCGUGGAUUGAGACAGAUCAUGGAAAAGAUUUUAUUGGAUUCCAUGUACACUGCUCCCCAAUCUUCGAUCCGAUAUAUUCUGAUAGAUGAAUCAGUCGUCCUGGGUCAAACCCCAGCCAAGUUUUAUUCGAGAGGACAAGAGGGAUUAAUGGAACAAGAUAUCGAAUUCGAAGAGAGCUCUAAAGGAUUAUCUUCUGCUCUUGACGCCGCUUUAUCUACCAAAGACUCUUCGGAUUCUUCGUUGUCUCCUACCAAGCGGAGGAAAGCAACUGGUUAAACAUCUAUCCCAAACUUUCUUUUUCCUUGAAAGAAUAUUAAUCAAAGGGGUUUUUUUUUUCUUUCGGACAACUAUUAUUGAUGUUUAAUACUCGGAUCAUUUUUUUUUUCGUUCUCUCAAGCAAUCUCUUUCGCCUGUUUUCUAGUGUUAGUUUAAUCUUAACUUAAUUUAUUGUCCAUCCCAUGAUCACUUUGCAAGACUGGUUGUAUGUGUAUAUGUGUAGUUAGGAUGUUUUGUUGUUGUUGUUGUUGUUGUAUGUAUGUCUUUUUUUUUGCUCGUCGUUUCCUCUCAUGUCCAAGGGGCCAAGAUGUGUAUCAUUUCACUUCUCUUUUCUUUUACUGUCAGAACUCUUUACUAUACUUGGUAAAAUAAGAGCAGUAUCUCUCCUAGUCUUACAUAUAUUUAAAUCAAUCCAAACUUGUAACACAACCAUAGUACCAAGGUCUUUUCUGCAAUUGCCCUGGCCCAGUU